AUGGAAGGAUUGAAAUGCCCAAAAGUAUAUAGAGAUAUUAAAUAUGAGAAGCUUAGAGCAAUCAUAGACUGUACUGAGUUCAACGUCGAGAAGCCAUCAUUACCAGAACACAUUCAAAUUAUUGGUUUCACUUUCACCGUUUGCCACUUCAAUUUUUUGUCAAAAUUGUACACUGGCUGUAUAAGUGACAAAGAAAUUGUGCAAGCAAGUGGUUUCCUGGAAUUACUCCAACCUGGGGAUUGUGUGAUGGCAGAUAAAGGAUUUAAUAUCCAAGACCUGCUAGCUGUCUGUAAUGCACGUCUUAUAGCUCCACCGAUUUUGGCUAAAAAUAAGGAAUCUGCACAUGCAUCAACAGCCACAAGAAGAGUUGCAAGAGCAAGAGUACACGUAGAGAGCAUGAUAAGAAAACUGAAAUGUUAUAGGAUUUUAAAGGGUGUCAUAACAUUGUCACUUAAAGGUUACAUCACAUCGAUAGUGAGUGUUUCUGCUGCCUUAGUUAACAUGCAACCAAUUCUAAUUAGGUUUGCGAGCGACUUCUGA